AUUGCGCGCGUCGUCUAAAUACAGCGCUGCACGCGCGCGACCCAGAAACGCAUCAGCUCAGGGCGCAUGCGCGCACAUCUGCGCGCGACGUCGCUGGCGUGGGGGGUGCAGGCGCGGUGAACUCGUCGAUACAGUCUUCUUGGGUUGAAAAACAAAAAGAGCGACAAUAAAGGGAGUUCGCUGGAAGAAUUACCCUUGGCGCCGGUGCACCCUUCGGAAGGCGUCCCCGCAGUACGAGGUAAAACACCAGCAGUGCUGCUGUGCGCAAAUAAAUGCGCUGCUAAGCCUCGCCCGGAGAUGACGAUGCGCUAACGCCCCUGCGAAGCGCGCUUCCACCCAAGGGACGGGCGCUGCGGCGAAGCCGACCUCCUCGACAACAUGUUGGAGCCGUCGUCGUCGGAAGACGAAGGCGGCAGCGACAACGAACCGGUCGAGGAUGAGGUCUCGUCGGAGGCGGCGGCUGCCGUGGUGCUGGAGCUGCCGCGCAGCGUGAGCGCCACUCGGAGCCUGUCGCCGGCCACGGAGCCGUCGCCGUCGGCACAGUCGCGCUCUAACAGCCUGGCGCGGCCGUCCAGCCCGAGCCCGUCGCUGGUGAGCGAGAAGGACGAGACCGCCGAACGAGAGGAGGAGCUGCGCAAGAAGAGGCUCCAGUUGUACGUGUUCGUGCUCCGGUGCGUCGCCUACCCGUUCAACGCCAAGCAGCCGACCGACAUGACUCGGCGCCAGACCAAGAUCACCAAGCAGCAGCUGGACACGAUCCAGGCCAGGUUCCAGGCAUUCCUCAAGGGAGAGACGCAGAUAGCGGCGGACGAGGCAUUCCAGAAUGCAGUGCACAACUACGUGGAAGUGUUCCUCAAAAGUGAACGAGUCCAGCGCAUGGUGGCCAGUGGGGCCUGCUCAGCGCACGAUUUCCGCGAGGUCUUCCGUGCCAACGUUGACAAGCGUGUGCGCAGCCUGCCCGAAAUGGAUGGACUUUCCAAGGAGACCGUCCUGGGUUCCUGGAUGACCAAGUUUGACGCCAUCUUUCGCGGGGAUGAAGACACCCGCAGCCGAACGCAGCAGGGUCGUGCGGGCACCCUGCUACCACAUGGCCUGGCCUCUGAGCUGCUGCUCUCCAAAGAGCAGCUGUACGAGAUGUUUCAAGGGGUGCUCAACAUCAAGAAGUUCGAGCACCAGCUGCUCUACAAUGCACUACAGUUGGAUUCGGCAGAUGAGCAGGCAGCUGCCAUCCGGAGGGAACUGGACGGUCGUGUGCAGAAAGUGAACGAGAUGGAGAAGAACCGCAAACUGAUGCCCAAGUUUGUGCUGAAGGAGAUGGAGAGCCUGCAUAUUGAGGAGCUGCGCUCGUCCAUCAACCAGCUCAUGCUCAACUUGGAGAGCCUUCCCGUCUCUAAAGGAAGCGCCGAGAGCAAGUACGGCCUCCAGAAGCUGAAGCGCUACAACCACAGGUACUUCGGCUCCGUUCAAGUGGAUGUGAUGCGUGACUGCUUGACCAAGUACCUGCAGGCACCGCUCUGGAUGGUCGUCUAUGAUGCUGUGCUGUUUGCAUGUGCUGCUACGAGCCAGGCCUCUCUUUCCAAAGAAGGUCUGGCAGAGGACACUGAGACGACCUUGUCAAAACUGGACAUUGUGCUCUCCUUCACCCUCGAGGUGGUGGUGAUGGAGGUGAAGGGGCUUAAGUCGCUGGCUCCGAACCGCAUCGUCUACUGCACCAUGGAGGUGGAGGGGGGUGAGAAGCUGCAGACGGACCACGCUGAGGCCUCUAAGCCCAUGUGGGACACCCAGGGCGACUUCACCACGGGACAGCCGCUGCCCUUGGUCAAGGUGAAGCUGUACACCGAGAGCCCCGGUCUGCUCUCCCUGGAUGACAAGGAGCUGGGCAAGGUGCUGCUGCACCCCAAUCCCCUGAGUGCCAAGGCACCCGAGUGGUACCGCAUGGUGGUGCCUAAGAACGCUCAGGACCAGGACUUGCGCAUCAAGAUCGCCCUGCGCAUGGACAAGCCCCAGAACAUGAAGCACUGCGGCUACCUUUAUGCACAAGGCAAGCAAGUGUGGAAGAAGUGGAAGAAGCGUUACUUCGUGCUUGUCCAAGUGUCACAGUACACGUUUGCCAUGUGCAGCUUCAGGGAAAAAACAUCAGUGCCCACUGAGCUGCUUCAACUUGAUGGCUACACAGUCGACUACACAGAGGCACUCACAGAACUGGAGGGUGGCCGCUUCUUCUUCAAUGCCGUGCGGGAAGGGGAUAGUGUGGCCUUUGCGAGUGAGGACGAGAACGAGUGCCACCUUUGGGUGAUGGCCAUGUACCGGGCCACGGGCCAGUCGCACAAGCCGACACCCCUCAUCCAGCCACUGGCCAGCAAGAAUUCCACCAUUUCACGCAUGCAGGGCGACACGGAGCGGGCCCGCAAGCACGGCAUGGACGAGUUCAUCUCGGCCGACCCGAAUCGCUUUGACCACCACGGCCUGUUUCGCAUGCUGCAGACACUGACCCUCGAUUACCGACUGGCCGACCCGUACUGCUCCUUGGGUUGGUUCAGCCCUGGCCAGGUGUUUGUGCUGGACGAGUAUGCAGCACGCUACUGUGUGCGCAGCUGCUUCCGUCACCUGUGCUACCUGCAGGACCUGCUCACACGCGCCGAGAAGGGCCUCCUGAUUGACCCCACGCUCAUACACUACAGCUUUGCCUUCUGCUCCUCGCACGUCCAUGGAAACAGUAUCGCCCCGCCAGCUGGCCUGGUCGUUACAGACGUGAGGCCUGAUGGCAUCGGAACCGUCACUGUCGAGGAGAAGGACAUGUUCGCUCAGGUCAGGGAGCGUCUGCGCAUUCUUCUGGAGCACCAGAUUACCCACUUCCGGUACUGUUUUCCCUUUGGGAGGCCGGAGGGUGCCCUCAAGGCUACUCUGUCCCUGCUAGAAAGGGUGUUGAUGAAGGACGUGAUGACUCCAGCACCUCCUGAGGAGGUGCGUGCCAUCAUUAAAAAGUGCCUGGAGAAUGCGGCCCUCGUCAACUACACCCGCAUCUCAGAGCAGGCCAAGCUCAAAGGACACUACCAGGGAGCUGCCCAGCUGCAAGACUCGAGUCUUGAGGAGCCUUCUAACCGGAAGCUGAAGGAGCUGAUCCAUCUGGCCGAACUGUGCGUGGACCUGCUUCAGCAGAACAACGAGCACUACUCCGAGGCGUUUGCGUGGUUCAGCGAUCUGCUGGUGGAGCAUGCUGAGAUCUUCUGGUCGCUGUUCGCGGUUGACAUGGACGCGGUGCUCGCGGAGCAACCGCCUGACACCUGGGAUAGCUUCCCUCUGCUGCAAGUGCUCAACGAUUACCUACGCAUUGAUGAAAACCUGUGCGGAGGUCGCUUCCACCAGCACCUGCGAGACACAUUUGCCCCUCAAGUUGUUCGCUACGUGGACCUCAUGGAGUCCUCUAUCGCCCAGUCACUACACAAGGGAUUUGAAAAAGAGCACUGGGAAAUCAAAGGCAAUGGUUGCCCAUCCUCCGAGGAGUUGUUCUGGAAGCUGGACGCACUGCAGUGUUUCAUCCGAGACUUACACUGGCCCGAUGAGGUAUUUGCCAAGCACCUCGAGCAGCGGCUAAAGCUCAUGGCCUGUGACAUGGUGGAGUCUUGCGUAACUAGGACGCUGCAGGCAUUCCAGCAGCUGCAGAAAAAGAGCAAGUGGAACACGACGGACUACAUCGUGCCCUCGGAGAUGUGCGCCAUGAUCAACGUGGUGCUCGAGGCGCGCAUCCAGUCGCUGAAGCUCUGCACCGUCGACGGGGCUGACGUGCACCAGUACCACAACAAAAUCGAUGGCCUUGUUGAUGGAACGCUUCAAGAGAUGCAGACAGGACUGAUUACGAAGCUGACUAGCAUGCUGGAAGUUACCCUGACGAAGCUGUCCCGCUACGAUGAAGGCAGUCUGCUGGCCCCGAUACUCUCCCUCACGUACCGGCAGGGCAUGUCCAGCUCAGGCAAGGAAGUGGGCCAGCAGUACAUCAACUCUGUGCGCAACAGCAUGGAGCAGCUGCGACAAAAAGUCAGCGACGAGCUCUGGGUGCUCGCCCUGUUUGAGCAAUGGUAUGCUGCCCAGAUGAGCCUGCUGUGUUCUUGGCUUUCGGAGCGCUUGGAUCACGGACUUCACUCAAUCCAGCUAUCGGCACUACUCCACAUUGCUCGGAAGCUGUACUCAGAUUUCGAGCUACAAGGCAUUGAGGAGGAGAAACUCAACUCGAAGGUGUACCAGACUGUGUGCAGUCGACUCCAGCUGGAGGAGGCGGCUGCCUCGGUAUCGGAUGCCAAUAGCCGUGAGAAGGACGACUCGGAGGACUACCCGGAGGCGGGGAUUGAAAGCGAGGCCUCGCCGCGGCGCAAGAUGGUGGCCUCGCUCGCUGGCGAAGGGGCCGAAGGUUACGUUCGCAGCCUCCAGAACGUCACGCAGUCGGUCACCGAGCACCUGUCCUCGCUCAAGCGCAACGUCGGGGGCAUCGCGAGCAAGUUCGGCUUCUUCAACCUGUGAACUCAUGGCAUGCAAUUUGGUCGGGGUACGAGUGCUGGCCGCCGCUUGUGCGCGCUGUUCGACCGCCAGCGGCUAAAGCAAUGUCUUCCAGUGCGGAUGGCCCGCUUGUACCUCAUCUGACCAACAUUUAGCUACAGUGCGCUUAGGUUAGCGCAGCACACAGAUCGCACGUUGUCAGUGGCCGUGCACGAACCUAUGCAAGGUGGGGGCCGCCUAGGAGUCCGCCCCCGCGUUAGUUUGCACUGGGACGGUGCAUGUGCUGUGUGCGGAUCAAGCGGGCCUCGCGUCGGUGGUGAUCACACUGCCGCACACUGCUUGCCUCAGGCCAGGCCUGUACUGCACCCGAAACGUUGUCUAGUACACUGUCGCGAUCCAAACAACGAACAUUAUUUUUUUCACACCUUCACAGUAGCCGACAAGUGUACAUUUUCGCUCCUCUAAGUUGAAGCGUAGCACGUCAGAAGCGCGCAUUCUCGCUAGCCAGUGUGUAAAUGGUCGAAGCAGCGUACAAUAUGGCCAAAAAUGCGUGCUUCUCAGAAGCCAUGUUGCAUCGUGCAGCCUAUUCACAAAAUUAUAUUUUAGUGCUGUGCACCAUAGAAAUAUCCUUUAUCGUCUGAAAUUAUCAGCGCAUCUGUCAGCGUGCACAUUCUAGAACAUAAACGUAGGUUUUUGUUGCUUUCCUUCACGAGUGAUAUUGUCGCGCAACUUUACCUUCUCUGUUCUUUUCCAUGUUUUUAUUGAAAUUUUAUGUCAGAGCGACGUGCGGAAUUUAUUUGAAUGCGAAAACAGUAGAAACAAACAGGGAUAGCAGAAGCCUAAGUUGUCAUGUAUCCUUUCAGUUCCAAUGUUCCGCACUUUCAAGUGAAGCUAACUCAUACACCUUGCUGAUGUGAAAGAUGUCGGAUAUCCUUUAUCUCGUGCUCCUUUCUCGCGCAUAAAGCCCGGUAAGCUAAUGCGCACACUUAAGUGUAAUUAUCUCAGCCACUUGAGCUCACGGUAUUAGAGAAGUUUUGUCGGCUUUUAAAGCUGCAAGUUUUCUGCAAGUACUUAAAUGUAAAUGCUUGCAUUGGCUGUUUAACUGACUCAGCCUCGCAUAACCUAGAACGCAAUUGUUUCUGUAAGUUAUAACAUACAUUAUAAUAUUAGCGUCUUUCGAACAUUUUCAGCUCUACUUCAACAUGAGCUGGCAGCCGCAGUUGGAUCAUAAGAUUGCGAUUAGAGUAACAACGUGCUGCCGGUGUCUGUGUACAUCAGACAUAACUAGCGCUAAAAAGGACAAGGUGAAGAAGACAGACAGGACGCGGCGCUAAACUUCAAGAUUUACUUGCUGAAAAAAAACAACAACAUAUAAUUCACAAGAUGCGUAGGAAACUGUGCAACACAUAAAGAAAGGUCACUCUAAAAAGGCUCGCGUAAUCACCACUAAUAUUUUCAACUGUUCAGGCUCGUUCACGCCGGCGACUAGCAACGGUCGCGCGACCGUUUGCGACUGGCGGUCAGAAAGCGACUCAAAGCGACCGAUGUUCACACCUGCGUGCGACCUAUACGGGUCGCCACAUAGAAUUCACGUCUGCUCGUAUACAGCUUGCAUUGCCGUUGCCCCGUAAAAUAGGGUGACGUCCUGUUCCUGUGCAUCUGAUUGGUUCAGAGAUUUGCGACUGCAGUCGCGCGACUUAAAAAUCGAGCAGCGAGCGAUUGAGCCAAAGCAGUCGCUUUGCGACCAAAACGGCCAUUUGCGACCGUUUGCGACCAGUCGCUUUGCGACUAAAGGCCGAGACAGACGGUACGAUUUUUCAUGCGAUGCGACGUCCGACACGGCGGUGGGAAACCGGAAUGGUGGCCUUUCAUAGCAUCGGACAGCCACCAUUCCCUCUCCCUCACCGCCGCGUCGGCCGUCGCAUCGCAUGGAAAAUCGUACCGUCUGUCUCGGCCUUUAAUCGCGCGACCACUGCUAGUCGCCGGUGUGAACGAGCCUUUCGCAUGCCUAUACGCAACCUACUCAUGCCGCAACGAACCGGACAUUUCUAUGCGCGGAUUUCUUUCAAGGUUUGAGCAUUCUUUAUUGCUAAGUGCCAGCGACGGGGCACUUACACACCCAUCACCCGCUUUUCCUGUGCCAAAAGGCUCGAAAAUUUACCGUUCCGAUUUCCUCCGUAAAGGCCGAGACAGACGGUACGAUUUUCCAUGCGAUGCGACGCCCGACACGGCGGUGGGGAAACCCGAAUGGUGACCUUUCAUAGCAUCGGACAGCCACCAUUCCCUCUCCCCCACCGCCGCGUCGGCCGGCACAUCGCGUGGAAAAUCGUACCCUCUGUCUCGCGCUUAAAGGGAGAGAUAGACGCUACGAUUUUCCAUGCGAUGCGACGUCCGACACGGCGGUGGGGGAGAGGGAAUGGUGGCUGUCCGAUACUAUGAAAGGUCACUAUUCCGGUUUCCUCACCGCCGUGUCGGACGUCGCUUAGCAUGGAAAAGCGUACCGUCUGUCUCGCCCUUAACCGCCUGAGCACACGAGUGCGGCGAAACUGCGCUAAACACGUGCACUUUCACCAGUGGUCAGCCAGAUAGCCAGCAGCUGCCACAGUACUGACAGCUGCCCUGCGUUCCCUCAAACGACCGUUCAAACAGUCACCCGUUCGACCAAUGUUGAGCUUUCCGCAUGACAAUGCAAUCAACUUAACCACUGCGACAAAGCCUUCAACAAAACGAGUGACAUGCUACUUGUCACAGCUACGAGCACCCUCCAUGUUGCACAUCCUGGAAAAAGUUUUUUCGGUGCGGUGAGCUACUGAAACGCCGCACUUUGCCUUCUGCAGUCUCAAGAAGGCCUUUUGGAGACAGUGCGACGCUUUGUGCAUGUACGGCACCGGUACAGGGCGCAUCUGAUUGCGCUGCUCACUCGGCCGAGUGGUUGGCCGUGCAUGCUUCACCUCUGAAAUGAGGCUGCAGACACUAUCGUGCCGUCAGGGAACCCGGUGCUUCGUAGUCUAUUGACCUGGUGCAUAACACUACAGGUGCUCACAGCAUUUCUGCAAGACGGUUCGAAGGCUAUUCACGGCCCUUUUGACUGUCUGCGAGUGGGCUGAAUCAUAGUUGAGUUUUUAAAGCACAGCUGUUGGGCUCCAAGUUGGCAAGUUGGCCGUGUGUCGCAGAUAUGAAAUUAUUAUCAUCACGAACCUCAGAGCACGUGCGCCAAUUUGUCCGGCGUGGGAUGCAAUUAGUCUGAUGGGCGAGAGAAGUGUUGGAACCUGCGUACCCGAAGGCGAGCGUCGCAACCACACGGCUAUCCAGGCACGUUAGCAGAGCAUAGCAUUGCCUUGUAUCGUGUAGUCUAGCAAUGGGAAAGGGUGAGGAGGAGGGGAGAGAUUAAAGCAUAGUACAGCAAGUGAAGAAAGACAAAAACAAAUGGAGAAAUAAGGUGAGAGAAGGAUGUAGAAAGAGCGAGAGAAAUAAAGGGACAAAAGGAAAGAAAAAG